GCUAUCAGAAGUUGAGGCGGCCUUUCGACUAUUCCAAAAGGACGGAAGGAAGGACUAAAACACAUUGAGGCGGGUAAGGUUAGGUCCCAAUUUCUGCUCUGCUUUGGUUUCACUACCCACCAUAUCAAGAUAAAAGAUAACUCUUCUUCUCUGCUUUCAUUUGUGAAAAUGAUGAAGCGCCAUCUAUCAAAGCUUCCCCACUUGCGUACAGGCUUUGGAAAUUUCAAUUCUUUCUUGUGCUCAUGCUUUGAAACUGGGUCCAGCAAUGGUGAUGCCAAGGGCUUACUUCAUCAGCAAAAGCGAAUGAAAAAUGGCUCCCCUUACGCAACUUGUUGUGCCAAGUUACCGGAGGAGCUUCCAAAAGAUAAUCCUGUUUCCAAUAUGUUGAUUGAUUCUUUUGGAAGGCAGCACACUUACUUGAGGAUCUCUUUAACAGAGCGUUGCAAUCUGCGAUGUCAAUACUGCAUGCCGGCCGAGGGUGUCAGCCUCACUCCUGGCCCUAAGAUUCUCUCACAGAAUGAGCUUGUUCGUUUGGCUAAUCUAUUUGUAAGCUCAGGAGUCGAUAAAAUUCGUUUGACUGGAGGGGAGCCAACCGUCAGGAAAGAUAUUGAAGACAUAUGCUUACACUUGUCUAACUUGAAGGGACUAAAAACACUGGCUAUCACUACUAAUGGAAUCACUCUUGCACGAAAACUUCCCAAGUUGAAAGAAUGCGGCCUUAGUGCGGUGAAUAUUAGUUUAGACACCUUGGUCCCUGCAAAGUUUGAAUUUCUGACCAGGCGUAAAGGGCAUGAAAGGGUUAUGGACUCAAUUAAUGCUGCCAUAGACCUCGGUUAUAAUCCUGUUAAGGUAAAUUGCGUUGUAAUGCGUGGGUUCAAUGAUGAUGAGAUUUGCGAUUUCGUAGAGCUGACACGUGAAAAGCCAAUUAACAUUCGAUUCAUUGAGUUCAUGCCUUUUGAUGGAAAUGUAUGGAAUGUUAAGAAACUUGUACCCUACGCAGAAAUGUUGGAUAGAGUGGCAAAACAUUUUACAGGCCUAAAAAGACUUCAGGAUCACCCAACUGAUACUGCCAAGAAUUUCAGGAUAGAUGAUCAUCUUGGUACAGUUUCUUUUAUCACAUCAAUGACUGAGCAUUUUUGUGCUGGUUGCAAUAGAUUGCGACUCUUAGCUGAUGGGAACUUCAAAGUUUGCUUGUUUGGUCCUUCAGAGGUCAGCUUAAGAGAUCCCCUUCGGCAGGGUGCUGAUGAUCAUGAACUAAGGGAAAUAAUUGGUUCAGCGGUGAAGAGGAAGAAAGCUUCGCAUGCUGGAAUGUUUGACAUUGCAAAGACAGCAAAUAGGCCCAUGAUACAUAUUGGUGGCUAAUGUGCAGGUUUUGUAGAAUAUGAAGUUGCAUGUGACAGAGUCAUCCCGUAUUUGCUUAAUAAACUUUUGCUAUCUCAUUAGAAGAGGGACUGGGGGAGAAGAAUGUGUUGAUGUCAAUUUGUUGCUGGGAUAAUGGUAGAAGGCAAUGAGAUGUCAGAACCGUAUCUCACUCUUGUUAUCCUUGUGAUGAUGGCGUUAUGCUGUAACAAACAUUUUUCUCAGUAUCCUAUUUGUUAUUGUGGGAACAAGUGACAAGUGCAUACACCCCAGAACUCAUACUGUAAUCGCUAAACAUGGAAAAAAUUUAUUAUGGUCCCGGACCAUGGUAUAUC